CUAAAGUCAUGAAAGCAGCUAAAGCGCAACUGAAAGAUUCGUUAAAAAGCUACAUGCUCAGGCCAGUAAUACGAUCUGUGGAAAUGGACGAGCCGUUGGAGCAUCUCACAGAAAUGAGACAAGUGGUUAUACUUUUUAUUAAUGUUAUUACAACAGAUAUAGAUAAGGAACGCUUGAUCUCACUCGUUAACGCGAGUUUUAAACUAGUCUGUGGGAUAGUUAGCGAAAUGCAUGGAUGCGUAAAUAAGACAUCCUUAUUCGAUAAGGAUUUAAUAUUUCUCUGCAUAUUUGGGUUGCGAGGCGAUAAACAUGAACUAGAAUCGCAAAUUGGAUUGAGAUGUGCAAGCAGAAUACGAGAAAGUCUUUUAGAAAUGAAGAACAUUAAAUUCGUGACGAUCGCAGUUACUACUGGAAUGACAUAUUGUGGAGUGGUUGGUCAUGUUUUACGAAGAGAAUAUACAGUAAUAGGAAUGUCAGUGAACAAAGCAGCUCGUUUAAUGAUCGCAUAUCAAAAUAAGGUAAUAUGUGAUCGCGAGAGUUUCCUACGAUCUCAUCUUGAAACAAGACAUUUUAUACUGCAAGAACCGAGACAUUUAAAAGGAAUAACAAACGUUGGUCCUAUUUAUGAGUUUCAAGACAAACAGACAAAGUAAUUAUUUAUUUAAAAGAAAGAGAGAGAGGGAGAGAGAGAGAGAGAGAGAGAGAGAGAGAAAUUAUUGUUUGUGAAUAAGUCCCACAUGCGCAAAAUAUCCGUUUGGACACGAAGAAAUUGUCCAAAUGAACACAAGCUAAAACGGCACAUGAUAGAUCCCAGUCAGAUAUAAUAAACAGCGGACAUAGGAAAUAUCGAAAACUUUAUUAGACACAGGUUUAAUUGGAAACAAUCUGAAACGGACACAUCUCAACAUGACAAUCCCAAUCACAUACAGUUAAUUGGACAUAGAAGAAAAAUUCAGAUGAACACAAAGUACUCAUAAAAUCAAACGUGUGAAAUUAUAAUCGUGUUUGAUAGGAAUAGCAUAAAUAUAUACAGGGUGUAAAAAUUUUGAUCAAGUCGAAGUAUAAAAGUAGAUUGCGUCAAUUUGAAUAGGAAAGUUAUGAUUAAUAACGGCUCGAUAAAACAAAUUAUA